UUUUUUUUUUCAUUCUCCUUUUUAUUUGUCCGUUUUUAAUAGUUUAAUAGAUUAUAUUUUACAAAUGGACAACUUGAUCGAGUUAACCAACAAACUCCAAACUGUAGUUUCCUCGAUUGGUGCCGAUAACACUUUAGAUUUACCUUUGAUUGCAGUUGUAGGUUCACAAUCAUCUGGUAAAUCAUCUGUAUUAGAGACAUUAGUUCAACGUGAUUUCCUGCCUCGUGGAAGUGGUAUAGUCACUCGUCGACCACUUGUUUUACAACUUGUUACUUUACCAUCAUCACAACAACAAGAGUAUGGGGAGUUUUUGCAUGUCAAAGAAAAAAAGUUUUUUGAUUUUGAUGAAAUUCGUCAAGAAAUUGAACGCGAAACCAAUCGUUUAGCUGGAAGUAAUAAAGGGAUAUCACGCAUGCCUAUUCAUUUGCGCAUUUAUUCUCCUAAAGUACUUAAUUUGACUUUGGUCGAUCUUCCUGGUUUAACCAAGAGAGAGGAAAAAAAAAAAGUGAAACUAACCUUGACAAGACAAGUAGAUCCUGAAGGCAAAAGAACAAUUGGUGUAUUGACAAAACUUGAUUUAAUGGAUGCAGGCACAAAUGCUUUAGAUAUUUUGUCAGGCCGAUCUUAUCCCUUAAAAUUAGGAUUUAUAGGCGUAGUAAAUCGAACCUAUUCAGUUGCACUUGAGGCUGAAAAUCAAUUCUUCCAACAACACCCUGCAUAUCGAAGUGUAGCUUCACGUUGUGGUACUCAGUAUCUUAGUAAACAAUUAAAUACGAUUUUACUUUCACAUAUUAAAGAGAAAUUACCUGAACUAAGAACGAAACUAGGUACUUUGAUCAGUCAAACACAAUUAGAACUAAAUCAAUAUGGAGAGCCAUCACGAACGACAGAACCAUUUCAUCGAGGCUCACUUAUUCUUCGACUCUUAACCAAAUUUUCUAAUGAUUUUAUCGCUGCCAUUGAUGGUACAUCUUCAGAAAUGUCCACUAAAGAAUUGUGUGGUGGCGCACGUAUUUAUUAUAUCUUUAAUAAUGUCUUUGGACAGGCAUUAGAUGCGAUACCCGCUUGUUCAAACUUAACCAAUCAUGAUAUUCGUACUGCUAUUCGUAACUCAACAGGUCCUCGUCCUUCAUUAUUUGUACCUGAAUUGGCUUUUGAUCUGUUGGUUAGGCCUCAAAUUAAAUUAUUGGAAACACCUAGUUUGAGAUGUGUAGAAUUAGUUUAUGAAGAACUUAUGAAAGUGUGUCAUAAUUCAGAUACAAAGGAACUAUUGAGAUACCCACGACUUCAUCAAAGACUAAUUGAAGUUGUUUCAGAAUUAUUAAGAGAAAGACUUGGACCCACAUCGAGUUAUAUUGAAAGUUUAAUUGCAAUUGAAAGGGCUUAUAUUAAUACAAAUCAUCCUGAUUUUUUGGGAGCUGCUGGAGCUAUGGCUAAUUUAGAAUCAGAAUCAAAAAAGAAAAAAAAGAUAGAAUCGAAAAGAAAGAAUCACUUAUCAAUGGAUACUAAAUCAGCAACGGUAUUACAUAAUAAUAUGAAUCAUGAUAAUUUGUCAGUUGCAGAUAGUGAGACUGAUUCAGUAAGUAAUAACAAUAAGGAAUCAUUUUUAAAUUAUUUCUUUGGUGGAGCUAGUAAAAAUGAGAGACCAGCGUUAGGAUCACAAGAGAUGAUGGCUAAAGCACAAUAUGCUCCACCGCCUAUGACUGUUAAUACCUUGAUGGAAAGUGAAAUAAUGAAGAAAUUAGAACAGACAUCCUUAAAUGAGGCUCCUUCCCCUAAUUCGGUUACAGAUAGGGAAGAGUUAGAGAUCCAUUUAAUUCGAACGCUGAUUACAAGUUAUUUUAAUAUUGUAAGAAAGAAUAUUCAAGAUUUAGUACCAAAGGCAGUUAUGCAUUUACUUGUGAAUUAUUCAAGAGAGACAGUACAAAAUAGACUUGUAGCAGCACUUUAUAAAGAAGAGAACUUUGAUGAAUUACUACAAGAAGAUGAUGCAAUUGCAACUGAAAGGGAAAAAUGUAAAACAAUGUUAAAUGUCUAUAAGCAGGCAUUUGAAAUAAUUAAAAAUUCCAUGUAACAAUUAUAAACCAGAAUGUUUUUUAUUGUAAAUGUUAUGUUUAUAUUUAAAAGGGCCGCAUGGAAAGUUUUAAUUUAUAUAAAAUGCUUCUGUACCUAUGACAAAAAAAA